GUAUAGAGGUACCUCUACCCUCCAUAAUCCGAAGUUAAUUUUUUCUGGCGGCCAUUACAGAUCACAGCCAUAAGAGUGAUAGGGUAUACGUUAACAAACGUUUUAAAAGUGAAGACAAGUUGAUAUAUAGUUUCUUCAUAUUUAUUAUUCUAGAAUAAUAAUUACUGUAAUAAAUUUUUAAACGUAGCUUGUUAAUAAUUUACUUCAAAAUGGAAAAAUCUCAAAAAAUGCCUGAAGUGGUUGAAGCUGAAAAUGAAACCCCAGCAGAAAUUCAAAUAACAGCUGAGCAGCCGCUACGUGAAGCCAAAGAACAUGAUUUGGAGAUCCUGCCACCACCACCGAAGCAAAAAAUUUCAGGUCCCCAUGAACUCGCGGACUAUCAAAACCGUAAGCGUAAUGAAUUUGAAGACAACAUACGUAAAAAUCGCAUGGUGAUAUCAAAUUGGGUAAAAUACGCACAAUGGGAGGAAACACAAAAUCAACUUCCCCGGGCGCGUUCCAUCUACGAGCGUGCAUUGGACGUUGAUCAUCGAAAUAUAACUCUGUGGCUGAAGUACGUCGAGAUGGAAAUGUUCAACCGUCAAGUCGAUCACGCACGAAAUUUGUGGGAGCGUGCGAUCACUAUUUUUCCGCAUGUCAGUCAAUUUUGGUACAAGUAUACGUCCAUGGAGGAGAUGUUGGAGAACACAGCGGCAGCCCGGCACAUAUUUGAGCGCUGGAUGGAUUGUAAACCUGAUGAGCAGGCAUGGCAGACGUACAUUAAUUUUGAGCUUCGAUACCAAGAACUAGACCGGGCUCGUCAAAUUUACGAACGUUUUGUGAUGGUUCAUCCAGAUGUUAAGAACUGGAUACAGUACGCGCGCUUUGAGGCCAGCAACGGAUUUAUACAAGGUGCUCGUAGUGUUUAUGAACGCGCAGUCACAUUCUACGGCGAUCAAGUGAUUGACGAGAAACUCUAUCUUGCGUUUGCUCGUUUCGAACAAUCUCAGCGUGAGCAUGAGCGUGCUCGAGCAAUCGACAAGUAUUUGAUAGAUCACCGAAGAAAUAUGCAAAGCGUACACGAUUCAUGAAAAAACUAUGGUGACCGUUCGGACAUUGAAUCUGUAAUUGUCAGUAGAAUGAGACUCACAAAACCACCAUAAAAUUACUGAGAAUUGCGAAGAACUGGAAAAAGCUCGCUGACAAAACUCCAGAAGAAAAUUAAUUUUUCGUUAUUUUUUAAGUUGAAUAAGGAUUUAAUUUAAAUUAUGGCAAUAAGUUUUCUUUUGUAAAUAACUGUAAAUAAAAAUAACUUGUU